AUGGGAUUUCUCGACAUCUUCUAUCCCAGCACUUUGCGUUCUCGGCAGCCUCAUUACCGCAAAAGCUGCAACUGCAGCGACUGCAUCCAGCGCGCACACAGCUACGGCGAACUCUGGCGGCACAAAACCCCACUGUGCACCUGCUGCGACUGCAUGGCCAAAGCCGGCCAAAACAUCCCACACAACCACAGUACCUACGCACACACCCACGCCAACACCCACACGUGCACGGCCCAGGCAGGGCAUUAUUACCCAGGCACCACUGGAAGCACCAAUCAUGUGCAGUCAAUGCCGCCGCCAAGAUACUCGUUGAUGCCGGAGACUACGCAUAAGGUGGAUGUGUUUUGCCCGGCUAAGGCCUAUGCUACACCGCUGGCAUUGGCUGCCCCGCAUGUGCCGCACCUGUGCUGUCCCAGCGGCGGAGUAUCUGCCAAUGGCCAGCAUGUGUGCACACGGGGGCCGCCGCCGCCGGUUGCGCAUGGGUACAACGAGCAGAUGUACGUGAGUAUGCCUGGUAGCUACCGGCCGUGUAACCGAUAA